AGCUGGGGGCCCGGGGUGGGCACCGUGAGGCAGGGUUACCCCCGGGGUGGGCACCGUGAGGUGAAGAUGCCCCCGAGGUGGGUGCUAUGAGGGGGGUAUAGCCCCGAGCUGGGCAAUAUCAGGUGGGUAUAGCCCCGAGGUGCGUGCUAUGAGGUGGAGAUGCCCUGAAGUGGAGGCACCAUGAGGUGAAGUUACCCCUGAGGUGGAGCUACCCCUGCAUACCACACUAGGUAUGAGAUAGAGGCACCCCUGAGAGGGAGACAUUGCUGAAAUGAAGGCACCGUGAAGUGGAGGUGUAUUCCUGCGUUAUUCACCCCUGAGGUGGGGCACCGUGAGCUGGAAGCACCCAUCUCAGCUGGAGGCACCCAGCAGAAGCACAGGAGCCCCCGGGACAGGGACACCUGCUGAAGCUGCAGGCACCCAGUGGGGGCUGGGAGCUGCCAUGGGAGCACCCUGCGCCACGGCCCCCCAUGGCUGGGGGCACCGCCUGGAUCUGCAGCACCAACGUGGGACCGUGGAGCCACGGCUGCCACCUGGACAGGGCCUCGCGCUCCUCUGCAAGCUGUUAGCGUGUCCCCGGGCCAUGGCCAGCGCCUGCCUCCUUGGGAAUAUUUUGGAAGCUGAAACUCAGCACCAGUGGAUGUCAAUGCGCCGGUGAGGUGGGGUGACCACCGGCCUCCCUUGUUCUCAGCGCCGCGGCCUCAAAAAUACCUCUGAAGUUGUGUUUGUGCCCCGAGCCAGGGGCUUUGCACUGUGCUGCCCCCCGGCUCUUCAUCCAGCAUCAGCUUUGGCCACCAUGGCCCAGGAACACGAUGUGACUGUGGAUGCUGCUCCAAUUCGAACGCCAUCCGUGCUUGGGGUGAGCCUCUGGGCACGAUUGCUGCCAUCAUCACUGCCCUCCGAACUUCUCCUGGGCACCGUCCCCAUCAUUGCCCGCAGGGAGGAAAAUCAAAGGCAAGGCGAGCGGAGCGGAGGAAGCCAGCUUGAUUACAGAUGGUAAACACUGGAAACGCAGGCUGCUGGGAAGGACUCGGCACUCGGGCUGAAGCGAGCCGCAGCAUCAACCUCCCCUCUCUACCUCAGAUUUAGCCGGGGGCUCUGUCCUUGCUCCCACCAGUGCAGAUUUGCCCCAAAGGGGGGUGAAGGACCCCAUCCUCGUCGCCCCCUGCUUCGCUGCCGCGCUCCCUCUCCUCUGAGGCACGCUGAUUGUACUUAUUAAGAGUUAUUAAUACUUAAUCAGCUGGCGGAUUUAAUUGUGCCAAUAUUAAAAAUGCAUCAAUGUCAAUUUUAUUCAUUAAAUAUUUACUUUGUUGAAGGGAAACUGUUUUGCUGCUGUUUUAAUAUCACUUUCCGAAGCUUUUGGAUGUGACCUCAGUAAAUCCGGGGAGCCCUCGGAUGGGGAGCGGAGUGGCAGCGCGGGGCCAGGGCAGGGACCAGCCGUCCCCCAGAGUGAGCUGUGGGGUCCGAGUGCUUGGCAGCGUGAGUCAGCGUGGGAAAACCUCGCCCCAGGCACGCUCCUGUUCCCGAAGUGCCACAACAUGAUGCUGGAGGAGCCGGAGCGCCGUCGCCAUCCGCAGCAGGGAGGAUGCUCUGGGGCUGUGCCUUUCUCACCUACUGCGCCCGCGACUCGGCCCUGAAGGCGCAGAGCGCGCUGCACGAGCAGAAGACGCUGCCAGGGAUGAACCGCCCCAUCCAGGUGAAGCCGGCAGACAGCGAGGGACGAGGAGAAGACAGGAAGCUCUUUGUGGGCAUGCUGGGGAAGCAGCAGAGCGAGGAUGACGUCCGGCGCCUCUUCGAGCCCUUCGGACAGAUCGAGGAGUGCACCAUCCUGCGUGGGCCCGACGGGGCGAGCAAAGGUUGUGCCUUUGUGAAGUACAGCAGCCACGCCGAGGCGCAAGCCGCCAUCAGCAGCCUGCACGGCAGCCAGACCAUGCCGGGCGCCUCAUCCAGCCUGGUGGUGAAGUUUGCGGACACGGACAAGGAGAGGACCCUGCGGCGGAUGCACCAGAUGGCGGGGCAGCUGGGCAUCUUCAACCCCAUGACCAUCCAGUUCGGCGCCUACGGGGCCUACACGCAGGCGAUCAUGCAGCAGCAGGCGGCCCUGAUGGCAGCGGCGCAGGGGACCUGCCUGAACCCCAUGGCUGCCAUCGCCGCCGCGCAGAUGCAGCAGAUGGCCGCCUUCAACGUCAGCGGGCUGGUGGCCGCCCCCCUCACCCCCUCUUCAGGCACCAGCACCCCGCCUGGCAUCAGCACGGCGCCCGUGCCCAGCAUCGCCACCCCUAUCGGCGUGAACGGCUUCAGCCCGCUGCCGCCGCAGACCAACGGGCAGCCCGCCUCCGAGACCAUCUACACCAACGGCAUCCACCCCUACCCAGCUCAAAGCCCCACAGUGGCAGAUCCCCUCCAGCAAGCCUACGCGGGCAUGCAGCACUAUGCAGCAGCAUAUCCCACUGCCUACGCACCCAUCAGCCAAGCCUUCCCCCAGCAAGCGCCCAUCAUCCCGCAGCAGCAGCGAGAAGGUCCCGAGGGCUGUAACCUGUUUAUUUAUCACCUGCCCCAGGAGUUUGGGGAUGCGGAGCUCACGCAGAUGUUCUUGCCUUUUGGCAAUGUCAUCUCUGCCAAAGUUUUUGUGGAUCGUGCCACCAACCAGAGCAAGUGCUUUGGUUUCGUCAGUUUUGACAAUCCGACCAGCGCUCAGGCAGCCAUUCAGGCCAUGAACGGCUUCCAGAUCGGCAUGAAGAGGCUAAAAGUCCAGCUAAAGCGGCCGAAAGACGCCAACAGACCCUACUGACCCCUGGCACCCUGGCCCCGCAGAGAGGUCGGGCGUCCCGCGGUGUCUGCCGACUUCCCCCUUCCCCAAGUGCAGUAUCCAAACCCGUAACUCUCUUUCUUUGCAACAUAUCCCGGAGGAGGAGGGAGGAGAGGAGGAAGAGUCAACGGAGAGAAAAAAAAAAAAAAAAAGCGAAGAAGAGAGCCAUUCUGGUCGUAGCUUUUCUAUUUCUUUUUUGAUUAUUUUUUUCCAACCGGUCUUGUUUGUUUCUUAACGGGAACGAGAGAGCGAGGAAGGCAGGAAGGAGGAGAGCGACGCGGCGUUGGGGCUGAGAUUUGCUGCCGGGAGAGGACUGAGGCCCGGGCAGCCGGGACGCGAGCUACCUUUUAUAAGCACUCAUUUGCUGCUACAAAUUUCCCAAGAGGAACGAGGAAAAGAGGCUCCAGACGGAUUAUAAACCAAAGCCAGCGGGACGAGACCGGCCUCGGGCGAUUCACCUGGAGGAGGCUUGUUUGGAAAGGGAAAUCUUGGGUUUUUUUCCACGUCUGGCUGGGAAAAAGAGGGAAGAAAAAGGAUAAGAGGAUGUUGGACUUAUAGAAGAUAUAUAUAAAUAAGUAUAUAUAUAUAUAUAUCCCAUGGAGCAGGGUAGCGGGACACGCGCUUCCCCCUGCUUGUCACUGGCACAGGGACAUAGGAUUACUUGUUUCAGAGUCAUAUCAUUCCUUAGAGUUUAGGGACCAAAGGACUAUUGCUUUUUUAAAUAUAUAUAUAAAUAAAUUAAUUUAAAACACACACACACAAACACACACACACACACACAAAAAAAAAA